AUAUUCACUUCAAUUCUGUAACGGUUCAACCAUCAAAGCCUAGCUAACAUGGAGAAGACACACACCAAAUCAGCACUUAAGUUUAUGAAGGCUAGUUCACAAUCUGCACUCUCGUGGAGCUCUACUUCUAGAGGAAUGACAAAAGAUGAGCUCAAAGACAGGCUCUUUGGCAAAUCUAAGGCUUCUCAGAAGUCGCCACCAAGAGAGAACACCAAGCCACAAGAUUUCAAACUUCAUACCCAAGAAAGAGCCAUCAAACGCGCAAUGUUCAACUACGAGGUUGCUACCAAGUUGUUUGUCAUAGAGCAACAGAAGAAACAAGCAGAAAAGUUGCAGAAGAUGAUAGAAGAGGAAGAGGUUCGUUUGCUUAGAAAGGAGAUGAUUCCAAGAGCUCAAUUGAUGCCCUUUUUUGAUAGACCCUUUUUCCCACAAAGAUCAAGCAGGCCCUUGACAGUUCCUAGAGAGCCAAGUUUCCGCAUGAGGAGUGGCAAGUGCGGAGGAUGCAAUAUCUCUUGCAGUGGACUAUACACUUUUCAAGGAAGUCAUGGUGGUCUGAAUGCUAUCAAAUAAUAAAAUCACAUGGCUAAAGAAAAAAGUUUGUGAAACGUACUCUUGAUGCUGGUUCAUGCAUGCUGUACAACGUAGAUCAUAGAAAUUUCGACUGUUAUGUACUGUACGUAGUUGUGGUAUGGUAGAUCGUUUAUAGGGAGUAAUUAGUGACGUUUUCCUAGUUUUUCUUUUACUUUUUUUCGUUUGUUUCUCUCUCUUGAUUGAUGUUACGAGGGAAGGAGACGACUUUCUCCUGGUCGAAAUAAUGUCACUUGUGUUUUGAUCUGUAA